UGGAAAAAGACUAGCGUGACAUCCAAUCAUCUCAACAAAAUGGCGACGUAGUAGUAAGAUAGGAUACAGAAUGGAUAGUGAAUCGGGACUGUCGCAAAACCACGUUAAUCAGAUGAAUUCUGGAACUUCUUCUGUAAAUAACAUCAGCGGUAAACAACAAGAUGAUCAUCCAAGACCCAACUACACAAUACCAGGAAUUUUACAUUUUAUACAACAUGAAUGGGCUCGUUUCGAAAUGGAACGCGCUCAGUGGGAAGUGGAACGAGCUGAACUUCAGGCUCGCAUUGCUUUCCUACAGGGAGAAAGAAAAGGACAAGAAAAUCUUAAACAUGACCUAGUAAGGAGGAUAAAAAUGCUUGAAUUUGCAUUGAAACAAGAAAGAAUGAAGUACCAGAAAUUAAAGUCAGGUUCAGAUAAAGAUGAAUUAAAGGCCCCAACAUUUGAUGGAGAGGAAGGUGGCCAGGAAGAAUCGGCACUAUCACCAAAUUCAAUCAAUUUUAGACAAAGUCGGCAGCUUCUCAGGCAAUAUUUGCAAGAAAUUGGCUACACAGAUACAAUCCUUGAUAUCAGAUCAAAUAGAGUACGGUCUUUAUUAGGUCUUGCUCCAAAUGAAAGAACUGGUCCUGGUCUUGAGACCAAUGGUCAAAUAGAACCAAUUGUUAAUGGUGAGAGUCCAGCCAAGCAAGGACGGCACAUUGAUCAGGGAACAACUAAGAGGCAACAUGAAAAGCCUCGAAUCCACCAAGCCUUGCCAGAGAAUGUCCUGGACAAGGUCCUGUCUACCUUUGACUUCCUCUCCGAUACCCUGGACGAUGAUGGAGAGGUGGAAGGAGAUGGGGAAGAAGGCAUCGCUGCCGAUGAUGAAAGCGACAUCAGAGAAUCAAGGGGGAAAACCGGCACAGUUGUCAAGAAGAAAAAGCAGGUGAUUGGUAAUGAAGGCAUGGCUGGGAUGGGUGGAGAUGAUGAUGAUCCCGAUACAGAAGAGGCUCUAGCAGAGUUUGAUUUCUUGGUUGCUGAACAGACGGAAGGUGCAGGAGAGGCAAGGACAGUAGAGGGACCUGAAUGGACUAUAGGUGCUGGCAAGAAAGGUGUGGAUCUAUCACCAACGAGUGGGGAAUGGGGAGUAGAUCAAGGCAUGCUGAACAAAUUGAAAGAAGAAUAUAAGAAAUCAAGAAGGAAUAUAGGCAUAGACAGGCGGCCUAAUAAAGCAGCAUUGCAAGCUAUGUUAGCCAACCUGGAUGAUGUGAAUCCUCCACCUAGUAACACACAAAGCAGUUCAAGACCAAGAGGAGCUGACCUUGAUAUCACAGAUGAAGCAGAUAUUGCAGCAGCACCUCGUCAAGGUAUUAUGGGAGCGGAUGAAGAAGCUAUGGAAACCCUCCGACUGGGAGAACUUGCAGGAUUGACUAUCACUAAUGAGGCUGAUGCACUCAGUUAUGAUAUAUCAGCGAAUAAGGAGACCUUCCGAAAGACAUGGAAUCCUAAGUUUACGUUACGAAGCCAUUUCGAUGGCGUACGCGCUUUAGUGUUUCAUCCUGAAGAGCAAGUCCUUAUCACAGGAUCGGAGGAUAAUACUCUUAAAUUAUGGAAUUUACAGAAGACAGUCCCAGCUAAAAAAGCUGCUUCUCUAGAUGUGGAACCUAUUUAUACAUUCAGAGGACAUGUAGGGGCUGUUCUAAGUUUGGCGGUUAGUAGUAACGGGGAACAGUGUUUCAGUGGUGGAAUGGAUUCCUCCAUCAGAUGUUGGAAUAUUCCUGGUUCAAAUAUUGAUCCAUAUGACUCAUAUGAUCCUUCAGUAAUGGCCGAUACCUAUGUAGGUCAUAGCAAUGCCGUAUGGGGUCUAUCAUACGACGGGACUAAAAACAGUUUGGUAUCAUGUUCGUCUGACGGUACUGUCAAGUUGUGGAGUCCGAGCAAGAAGUCGCCCCUUCUAACCACCAUCACAGCAGAUACAGCAUUUGGAUUGCCCACCUCAGUGGACUUUGUACGCUGUGACACGAGUCAGAUCACAGUGGGCUUUACAUCAGCUGAUGUUGCUGUGUUCGAUCUAGAGACUGCCAAGAAAGUCAUUACACUAGACAGCAGGUUACCCUCAGACAGCCCAACUAGUCAGGUUAACAGGGUAGCCAGUCAUCCAACUCUCCCAGUCACUAUCACUGCACAUGAAGACAGGCAUAUCAGAUUCUUUGAUAAUAAUAGUGGUAAAAUGGUUCACAGUAUGGUGGCCCAUCUGGAUGCAGUAACCUGCCUAGCUGUGGACCCUAAUGGACUCUACCUCUUGUCUGGAAGUCACGACUGCUCAAUCAGACUUUGGAACCUUGAUAGUAAAACAUGCGUCCAAGAAAUCACCUCCCAUCGCAAGAAGUUUGACGAAUCGAUAUACGAUGUGGCCUUCCACCCCUCUAAACCCUACAUCGCUAGCGGGGGAGCAGAUGCACUAGCCAAAGUGUUUGUCUGAUCGUUACUUUCCAGAGAACCCCAUUAAAUCGCAUGUUAACGUGUGAACGAGCCCCCUCCUCCAUGCAACUCGUAUGACAGCUUUUAUGGCAAAGUGAAUGUGUAUCUCGCAGAGCGAGCAGCUUUCUAUGAUAUGAAGGUUUUGGCUAUGGUUUAUAGCGCUUUUCAUACGAAGAGAGGAACAAAAUACUGUGUGCUCUCCUUGCAGUCGGAGUCAAGUUGGUUUUAGUGAUGACUGUCAUUGUGAAAUAACAUCAUUAGUUGCCGAGGAUCAUAUGGCUAAUGGAAACAAACUCUUAUUGUUGUCUCAAUAGGAUAUGUGUAUUUUCUUCUCCCCACCUUUUUAUCAUACAUCAUCAGUGUGGCUAUUCCUGAAAAUGUCCACAUUGAAAAUCUAUUGGUGUAUUUAAAAAGUAGAAUGGCUAUGGUGUAGAUAAACGGUUUAUUUAGGUUAGUAAAUUAUUGUUUCUUUUCAUAUUUUUUCUUACCAUGAGCCAAACUUUUUUUCUGCAUAUAAGUUGUGAAGAACCCUUGCGCUUGUUAUAUUUUCAUGCUAUUCAAUGCUAUUCAUGAAAGUCUUUUGCUCAUCUGUAUAUGAAUACUUGAAUAAUUGUGUGUAUGAAGUGUGUACUGUAGCUGUUCUGCCCACAGGUGGCCGUAUGUAAGUCAAGCAUGAAUUUACAGAGUUAGCAAGAGGCGAGGGAGUUGUGAAUGUGAAUCGAGAUGCGUCUCGGAUGUUAAGUUCACAGAAUUUGACAAGAAUGAAAUGAGUAUAUUUUUCUUUUUUUUAUGAGUUUGCUGCUCGUAGACGUUAAUUCUCAUGGACUGGCCAUGAUAGGUGGCUUCUGAAAUGUGUACAUUACUCUUCGAUUGUAAUUUAUUCUCACUACGCUAUUCCAUAUGUAUAUGUACAGAUUGAAUUAUCAGGAGAAAUUAUACUCCUGUUGUGAGUGCGUCCUCAAUAUUCUUUUAAAAUCCGGAAUGUUUUGAAAUGUUGCCUAGCAUAUUCAUCCAGAUUAUCAAUUUUCGUGAAUCACCAUUGUAUUAUGUUGAAGAGUUUAAUAAUCAAGAGUGUUCUUGUCUCACUCUCUCAUUGUACCUGACUCUCUUAUAUGCUUCGUAUAAUGUCUUCGAUAGUGGAUGAAUGAGCGAGUGAAAUAUAUACAUGUAAAAGCAAUUAAGAUAUUUUGAUAGAUGUUGAAUUUUGAGUGGCAGGUUGGUAGGUUUUCUAUUGUGAAACGUGUAUUAGCUCACAUUUGGAACGUCUGUAUUCCUUUUUGUAUAAAAUGCCUGAUUUGAAGAAUAUGUUCAUCCAAAAUAUACCCAUACUUUUUACUCUUUAGUUAUCAGAGACAUGCUCCCAAGGUUUUUUUUAAGUUUCUUUUUUUUAUCAUAAUAUGUAUUUGAAUAUAUCUGUUAAGAUUUUUAUCAUAUUAUUUAUCUUCAUUUGUAUCCAUAGUUAGUCUUUGUGUUGUCAAUCUACCUUAUAACAUGUGUAUGCAUUUUUACUUGUAGUACUGUAAUCUCUGUGAUUUAAAGUUCAAAACAAUCUAUCUCUAAACCAUUAUCUAUAUUAAAGUUCUCCCAAAUAGAUUAUCACAAUGCUGAGGGCCAUGUAUUUGCAAUAUUAGAUGUAAAAAUAUCAUGCUUGAUGGUGCAAAAAUGAGAAAUAUCCAUGAAAACUAAAAUAGUGAAGCUUUGCUAUAUUUGAGUAUGAAUGACAAAUGAUGAUAAACAAUGAUGAAAAUUAUUAAAAUAAUUAUGAUUAUAAUCAAUAAUGAUAAUAAUUGUAUAAAUUAAUUGAGCGCAAAGACCGUCCAGGGACACUCAUGGCACUAGCCCAGUAACAUGUAACAUGUAUUCAAACUGCAUGUAAGAUGAAAGCCUAGCAAGAUGUAAACCAAUUUUGAGGAAAUAAUAGCAACUACCCAUCAGCUUGCAAUAUUUAUUCUGUUGAUCACUGCAUGCUUUUCUCCUUUAGGUGGUGAUUUUUAAACUGAUUUCUAAGAAAGCAUGAAUGCUUUAAGCAAGCAACCAGAGGACCGAUGGCUUGAGGUCCUCUCCAAGGGACCAGGUAAUGAGGAUAAAUGCCUUAUCAAAGGGCACUAGUUCAAUCUAACCCAGAUCACCGGAAUCCGAAACCCCUGCUCAACCGACUGAGAUAUUCCGCCUCCUUUUAUGUCUUGCUUAAUUUUUUUUCUAUAAUCUGUGUGCCAUGUCCUGAUAGGUCCACAUCACAAAGCUUCAGCAUGCACAGUUUAGACUGAGCACUAUUUUUUUCUACAUGGUCAUUGAUAUAUGCAAAUUUCAAUUAUUAUUGGAAAUGAGAAUAGCAUAGACAAUGUAUUCUAAUACACCUGUUUUAUGAACCUGGAUUAAUGUGGCUGGCUUCUGUUUUCUUUCACUUGUUUUGUGCUUAGUGUAGAUUAGAGGUAAGUGGGGAAAAUACAGACAGUACUCUUUGUAGAGGUCAAGGGUUAACUUGAUCCUUGUCCCUGACUUCAAUGCUCAAUUGCAAAUUCUAUUAGAAUGGAUAUUGCCUGCUAUAGGACAAUUCCAUACAGCAGAGAACAACAGGUUACUGUUAUAGUGUAAUAAUGAGUGAGAGAAUUGUGACUGGUAGUGUACAUCCAGUAUGUACUAACUUGCCCAGUGGUUUGCAUUUAUCAUAGCUUUAAUAAAGAAUAUGUGGAUCACCCAGCCUGUUUCAGCAUCGUGGUUAAUGUGCUCUAUUUUUAUAUUCAAAACUCAUAUUUAUCAUCAUUAACUUGUGUUUUGUUUGCUAGCAUAAAGUAGCAUGCAUGAAAUACUUUUUCACUUUAUUUGCUAGUUUCUCUUGCACUUUCUAUAUACCUUUAUAUGCAUUUCUUGCAUAUUUAUGUAUCAUUUUAAGUGACCAAGUGAUAUAUAAAUGAGAAUAUGGAAAAUACUUGUUCAUGCACUUUGUAAAGGCAGGCAUUUUUAAACUACCCCCGUGACUGGACUCGAGAAACGACUCAUUUUCAAUCCAGGAAUUAUAUAACAAUUCUUCUGUAUAUCUGAUUGACUCUGACAGAUUUGUAAAUUAAUGUGAAAAGAUACUGUGCAUAGUGUAUAAAUGUUCAUUUGUCUACACUGAAUUAUGACUAGCAAUGAAUUCUACUUGUAAAAUGAGACGCAAUUCAUGCUUGGACCGAUUCUAAGGCUCUGCAUAUCAAAGUUAUAGCGAGUUGAGCCUAUGUAGAACCUUUUGUCAGUCGUCCAUGUGUAGAAAAAGUAAAUGUGUAAUGGUUUUUUAAUAUUAAUUUAGUUCAUUUAGCCCUUUUCAGAUGAAAUACUAACACCCAAUUAGAAUUUUGUGAAGUAGUUUAAAUAUUUUUUACACCCACUCAUGGUGUUAGUGUAUGUAGUUGCCAAAGUAUUUUGUUGUCAAUCAAAAAUAAAGUAUAAAUAAUGGAUGAAAUUUGCAUGGUUAUUAUUCAGAUACAUCCAUGUUUGUAAAUCUUUCAUGUUCAUAUUGCAAUGUAUGUAAGGAUUUUAACAAAUAUUUCUACAGUCUAUGCUUCUUGAUCUGACACUGUUUCACAAAGAUGAAAGUGUGACUUAAAAUUGUACUUUAAAUCCCAGAUGUGUGCAGUAAGUAUAACUCAUGCUCAGGGGAUGCAUGCUAUUGCGUAAUGAUCAAUUAGAUUGCUGUAUACACUCUUCACACAUCUGGUGCUUUAAGUCACACGUCACUGUUUGUGAAACAGACCAACGUAUGAUAUACAGUUUAUGUCCACUGUGUAGAGUACAGAGGACUUCACCGUUGCAAUAUAAAAUACAUGGCUAUUCUUCACAUAAUGAUAAUAAAUCCAAAUCAAGUAUUUUAAUUUCUGAGUGCAAGACACAUGUAAAGUGGACAGUUGGGUAUCCAAGUUGCAAAAAACUAGUUUAGCCUAAUUUUCUUUAUUAAGGUUGUAAGUAGUUUUGAAUUGUGAAAUAUCUGAACAGAAAAUAAUAAAACCAAGGUCAAAAGGGAAUCUGUCCCCCAUAAAUUGCUAUUGGGUUAUACACAAACUGCAAUCUGGAAUAAACAGCCUUAGGAAGAAUACCCUCGUUCAAAAAGCAUUAUUUUGAUUUCUCCAGUAAGGUAAGUAAGGUAAUACAUGUGUGGCAGAUGUCCUUUGCAGUUCAUUAUCAAGAUUAUUUCAGAAGAAUAUAUGAAAUUUGGAAUAAUUCAAAAUUACUUUACACCAGGUAAGAUUUUUCUUCACUGCAAACUUCGCCUAAUCGAUAUGUGGGAAAAUGACUGAUCGCACGAAGGAGAAUGACAGGUAAAGUCAGUCAGUCUCUUUCUCAUGAUCAGUAAUUCUACACUAGCCUGGCGUAUAUCGGUUAGGCUACUGCAAACUGGGUGUAGGGGAAAAGUUUAUAAUUUAAGGGAGUGCGACAAGGCUAGAUGGAUCGUGGGCUAGUGCAAAAAGAAUUAUUCCUAAAUCGGGCCUAAAUUUUCAUAACUGAAUGAUGCCUUUGAUAUACACUAAGACAACAAUUGCAUAGAAGAUCAAACUGUCUUUGCAGGAACAGCUUUACGGAGGUACUUGACUUUGGUCACCUGGGGCCUGUAGCGAUUGAUCAUAGAACUGAUUUCUACGAAUGAUUACCUUUAUCAUUAUGUGUUAUCAAUCGUUAAAAUAACCUGAAUGAUCAAUUCAUAAACUUUUUUAGUUGCUGGACCCGAUUGGUCAACACUUUUGAAACCAGCCCGCUUUCCAUUUGGUAUGUCUAGUCUUUUCCAUAUGAUUCAGUAUCAAAUUACCUUUAAAAUCCGGCAUCUGAUGUGUGCUUACUAAUUUUGACCGAAUUGCUUUUGCAUUUGCUGUAGUUGGUAUGUUUUGAGAGAGGAAAAAAAAAGGUCUUUUGAAAUGCCCCAUUGGCUUGCAGUAUUUUGACAAGACUUCAUUUCCUUUCUUCAGAAAAUCAUGCUACACUGAAAUGCAAAUUUAUCUGUUAUAUUAACAGAUGAUGGAUUUAAAAGGAUAAACAUUUUAAAUUACCAUUUUUACUCCAUCUGUAAAGUAAGCCAAUAUUGAGGAAAUUUGCAAAAUUUGAAAUGAUUGAGACAUUUGUUAUUCUAUAUUUAAGAAAUUGGUAAAUUUGUAAUUUAUCAAUUGAUGCAUUACAGUAAAGGUAAAAAGUGCAAAUUCGUAUUGGAAAAGUGAUACUUUUUAAGUAUCCAAAACCUUGAAAUCAUAGUAACAUAGUAGAAUUGAUAUCAGUGAAGGAGAAAGUCAUUGAUUGUAUAUUACCCAGAGCAGAAUGUUAAUUCAUAAAUGCUAUUAUUUUCAGUGGGUUUAUUGGACAUAGUAUUCUGUUAAAAUAUUAUGCAAAAUCGGUGGGUAGCCCAUAUUUUAUUCACUCCCGAGUUUCUAUCAGUUUAGUGGUAUUGUCUUUGAGUUUGAAUGCAGUGUUUUUAAUUUUGAAAAAAAAGAACAGUGCUCAGCUAUACACUGUAGAUAUGAAUAAUACAAAAAGACAAAUUAUACUACUUAAUAAUUUUUGUUCUGAUUUUCUUUUUGUUUCAUUUUAUGAAUAUACAAUAAAUGAUACAGAAGAUGUGAAUUGUA